GCAAAUUAUUUUCAACCCAUAUUCAGUUGAAUAUGCUACAUAUUUGAUGUUCAAACUGAUAAAAAUUAUUUUUUUUGCAAAUAAUCAUUAACUUUAGAAUUAAUGAUUUGCAAAUUAUUUUCAACCCAUAUUCAGUUGAAUAUGCUACAUAUUUGAUGUUCAAACUGAUAAAAAUUAAUUUUUUUGCAAAUAAUCAUUAACUUUAGAAUUUGAUGCCAGGAACACGUGACAAAGAAAUUGGGGAAGGUGGCAAUAAAUACUGAUAAAGUUGAGGAAUGCUCAUCAAACGCUUAUUUGAAACAUCCCACGGGUGUGCAGGCUAAUUGGGAACAGGUGGGUGCCAUGAUUGGGUAUGAAAACAGCUUCCCAAAAAAUGUGCACCCCUUUGUCCACAACUGCGUGAGCAAAUAAACAAAAAGUUUAAGAACAACAUUUCUCAAAGUGCAACGGCAAGAAAUGUAGGGAUUUCAACAUCUACGGUCCAUAUCAUCAAAAGGUUCAGAGAAUCUGGAGAAAUCACUCCACGUAAGCGACAUGGCCGGAAACCAACAUUGAAUGACCGUGACCUUCGAUCCCUCAGGCGGCAUUUUAUCAAAAACCGACAUCAAUCUCUAAAGGAUAUCACCACAUGGACUCAGGAAGACUUCAGAAAACCACUGUCACUAAAUAAAGUUUGUCGCUACAUCUGUAAGUGCAAGUUAAAGCUCUACUAUGCAAAGCAAAAGCCAUUUAUGUCAGUACUGUGACAUGGCUUUAUUUCGCUUCUUCUACGCAAAAGAUGAUUUGAACGGGCGAGACGUGAAUGUAAGUACAUGGUUUUUAUUUAUACACUAAAAUACAAAAAGGCAAAACAAAAAGCACGCUCAAUGGCGGAUAAUAAUCUAUGCUAAAACUUAGAACAAAAACAGCACAAUGGCAAUACUAUAUACAAAACAAACAGAAGAUACUAUAAAACGCACAUGGCAAACCAAAAACUAGCACUGAGGCAUAUAAACAAAGAAGUCUUACGUGGCGUGGUCAAACAAACAGCGUGGCAAAGCAUGAGGGUCCGGCAAGGAGUAUUCAACACAGUCCAGUAGGUAAAGAAGCCAGGCCGAGGAAAAGAAAACAAAUGACUUAAAUACUGCUGUGGUAAUAAGAACCAGGUGUGAGAGGCUGAGGAUCGGGGCGUGACUAAGGGGACCAGGUGGAAACUAAUGGGUUGGCAUGGAAACAAACAAAACCAGGAAGUGCAAAAUGUGAAGCAAGAGUCCAAAAACAAAACAGAACAUGACCAAACAUAAACCUGAUUUACAGACAUGACAGUGCCCCUCCAUUAAUGACAUAUUCCAGAUGUCCAAAAGAACAAAACUAUGAUCAAAAGUCAUGGGAGAGCGGGAGGGGGACAUGGCGGUGGAUCGCCAAACCACGUGUCCCCGUAUCCAACGGGAGGGGUCAGGUGGCGGCGACGCGUUGAGGACCGAGGUGGGCGACCCGGGAAUGGCCAUAUCCGUGGCCGACCCCCUUGGCAUGGCGGACGACCACGUAGUGGCCAACGAGGAGGUCGGCACCCUUGACGUGGCGGACGACCACGUAGUAGCCACAUCCGUAACCGACGAGGAGGUCGGUGCCCUUGGCGUGACGGACAACCACGUAGUAGCCACACCCGUGGCCGACAAGGAGGUGGACGCGUCGUCAUCGUGGCAGGCGUUAGCGCUCGGCGUGGGCUUGGGCUUGGCGGUCGACGUGGGCUCGGGCUUGGCGGUCGACGUGGGCUCGGGCUUGGGCUUGGCGGUCGACGUGGAGCUGACACUGGCGGCGCUUGGCGACGUGGAGCUGACACUGGCGGCGCUUGGCGACGUGGAGCUGACACUGGCGGCGCUUGGCGACGUGGAGCUGACACUGGCGGCGCUUGGCGACGUGGAGCUGACACUGGCGGCGCUUGGCGACGUGGAGCUGACACUGGCGGCGCUUGGCGACGUGGAGCAGGCACGGGCGGCGCAUGCCGACGUGGAGCUGACACUGGCGGCGCAUGCCGACGUGGAGCAGGCACGGGCGGCGCAUGGCGACGUGGAGCAGGCACGGGCGGCGCUUGGCGUCUUGGAGCUGGCACUGGCGGCGCUUGGCUUCGUGGAGCUGGCACUGGCGGCGCUUGGCUUCGUGGAGCUGGCACUGGCGGCGCUUGGCUUCGUGGAGCUGGCACUGGCGGCGCUUGGCUUCGUGGAGCUGGCACUGGCGGCGCUUGGCUUCGUGGAGCUGGCACUGGCGGCGCUUGGCUUCGUGGAGCUGGCACUGGCGGCGCUUGGCUUCGUGGAGCUGGCACUGGUACCAACCGUGGAUGUGGACUUUGACGUGGACUAUGACGUGGACUUGGACGUGGACGUGGACUUGGAGGUUGACGUAGAGCAGGUCGUGGCGCUAGCCGUGGACUUGGUUGUGGCGCUAGCCAUGGAGCAGGUCGUGGUGCUAGCCUUGGACUUGAACUUGGUGCUAGCAUCAGACCUGAACUUGGAGCUAGCCUUGGACCUGGACUUGGUGCUAGCAUCGGACUUGGUCUGGGACUUGGUGCUGGACUUGGUCUUGAAGCUGGACGUGGACUUGGUCUUGAAGCUGGACGUGGACUUGGUCUUGAAGCUGGACGUGGACUUGGUCUUGAAGCUGGACGUGGACUUGGUCUUGAAGCUGGACGUGGACUUGGUCUUGGAGCUGGUCGCUGUGGCUUGGAACCGCACCGGGCAGAACCAACCCACAAGCUCCCAGCCCCAGCCCCCCCUCAAGGAGUGGCUGCCAGAAACUAUCACCAUAAUCUGGAAGUCUUUUGGGGAGGGCGGAGGGCGGUGAGGAGGAGGGCAGAAUCCUCCCCUUUAAAUUGUCCAUAUUGUCUUUCUUUUGUUGUCUUGGUUUGAUUAUCUGAAAAAAAAAAUUGUGGCUUGGGGGAGGCUUGAGUCUUGGGGGGCGUGGCAUGAACCUUGGAUGGCUGUGAUUGCUGUGAUCUGUUGUGCAACAUUUUUUGAUAAUAAUUUAUCACGGUUAUGGGGUUUGAAUCUUCUGAUGGAGGUGGGUGAUUAACUGAGAAAGAUUUGAAAAAAAAAAUCCUGGUCUGUGAUGUCUGUUGACGGUGGCGUGACGUUGUCCUGGCAAGUCUGAGGAGCAUGCGGUCCACUUCCGCCCUGAGUGGGAGGAGCUUGCUGGCGCAGCGCUUCCUGUCUGCACCUGGAAGCCUUACCUGCCGUCCUCCGUCGAGAGCGGCGCUUCCGGCAAGCCAACAUUUCGUCAUCUUCUGGCCAGGCGAAGUCUAUGGGUACUUCUUCACCCUUUGGCCCCAACGUCAAACCUCUUUGCGCGAGGGAAGAGUAGCGCCGUGUUUCCUCCUCCAUCGCGCUCAGCACCGCCAAAGACGCCUCGUCGAAAUCUCCUGCGAAGAAGCUAAUAUGCUGGCUUCUUUUGUCAGGACUGUGACAUGGCUUUAUUUCGCUUCUUCUACGCAAAAGAUGAUUCGAACGGGCGAGACGUGAAUUGUGUGUGAGUGGCAAGGAGGCGCCAGCGCCCCCCGCAACCCCAAAAGGGAAUAAGCGGUAGGAAAUGGAUGGAUGGAUGAGUGGCAAGGGGAGCAAAGUGGGUGGAGUGUCUUGCCCAAAGAAACAAGCUGGAUUCAUACCAGGUACCCUCAAGUUUCUCCACGAGCACUGUACCGUCUGAGCCACGCUGCCCCAAACGUUCCAGUGAUACAAGAUAAAAAAAAUGUAUGCACAUGCACAUUCAGGGUGCAUGUGCACUAAUCAGGAGCACUUCCACAGGGAGACAGGCCUGCCUGCACAGAAGUCAAACAUCAAUGUCCAUCUUCAAUCAACAACAACAACAAAAGAAAGUAAAUCAAGUUAAUUUGUGACUGAAAUGUUGAAGAACAACAAAUUCCUUCAUUAUUAGAUGAGCUCAAAAUGGAUGAGAGAAAGUUGACUUACAGUGCACGUAAAAAGUAUUCACAGUGCUUCAGCUUUUCCACAUAUUAUGUUACACCCUUAUUCCAAAAUGGAAUAAAUUCAUUUUUGUCCUCAAGAUUAUACACUCAAUACCCCAUAAUCUUUUUUUUUUUUUUAACAUUGAUUAAGAAUAAAAAAAAAUUUUUAAAUCAUAUGUACAGCCGCUGCUCAAUACUUUGUUGAUGAACCUUUGGCAGCAAUUACUGUCAUGAUCUAUGGUCUGGAUUAUGUUUUUUAUUUUCAAUUUAAGACUCCUUCGGUUCCUGUUUUUGUGCACCCUUGUUUGUUUUAGUUACCAUGGUUACUUAUUAUUUCCACCUGCUUCUGAUUAGUGUUCACCCACUCACCUGCUGCCUGAGCACUAAUCAGAGGCAUUGUUUAAACCUGCCUUGCCCUCCAGUGAGUGCUGGAGUACUGUAUUAUUUGAUGUGGACUGCCUUUUUUUGGAAGCUAAGAGCUAUUCCCUGGAUCCCGACUCCUGUCCCUGUUUGCUGUUUCCUGGUUUCUGGUUUGUGUUUUCCUCGCCGUAUUUUUUUAACAUUAAACCAUAUUUUUAUUUUCCAAGCCUGUCAUCUUUGCAUCUUGAGGUUCGUCACCAACACCACCUGACAAUUACAGCCUCAAGUAGUUUUUAAUACAAUGCCACAAGCACCUAUUUUGGGGCAGUUUCACCCAAUCCUUUUUGCAGCAUCUCUCACACUCAUCCAGGAUGUUACUGUUCAUUACUGCAUUCAAUUUAGUUUAGUCAGGGAGGUCACUCUGUCAGAGCUACAGCAUUCCUUUGUGGAAGGAGGAGAACCUUCCAGAAGGACGACGAUCUCUGCAACAAACCACCUGUAUGGUAGAGUGGCCAGACGGAAGCCAUUUCUUAGUAAGAAGUUUGCCAAAACUCAUCUGAAAGACUCUCAGAACAUGAGACAUUAAAUUAUCCGGUCUGAUGAAACAAAGAUUGAACUAUUUGGCAUAAAUGUCUGGCAUCAUGUUUGGCGGAAACCAGGCACGGCUCAUCACCAGGUCACUAGCAUCUCUACAGUGAAGCAUAGUGGUGGCAGCAUCAUACUGUGGGGAUGGUUUUCAAUGACAGGAAUUGGGAGACUAGUCUGCAUAGAGGGAAAGAUGAAUGCAGCAAUGUUUCCUGUGUGAAAACCAAACACUUCCCUUCCAAUAUGAUGGAGUGUGAGAGGUGCUGCAAAGAGGACUGGGUGAAACUGCCCAAAGAUAUGGUGUGCCAAGCUUGUGGCAUCUUAUUCAGAAAGAUUUGAAGCUAUAAUUGCUGCCAACGGUGCAUCAAAAAAAGUAUUAAGCAAAGGCUAUGAAUACAAGUGAUUAUAUAUAUAUAUAUAUACAUAUAUAAUAUGUGUGUGUAUAUUUUUUUAACACCUUUGCAGAUUUUCAGCUUGUAAAUAUAAAGUAUUGGCUUACAAUUUUUGAGAACAAAAGUUUGUUUAUUCCAUUUUGGAAUAAGGCUGUAACAUAACAAAAUGUGGAAAAAGUGAAGCGCUGAGAAUACUUUCCAGGUGCGCUGUAGUUUGUGGUGGGUUUAAUGUACAUAGGAUGACAGUACGGCUAAACAUGGAAGAAUGGGUAGAUAAAAUGAUGGGACAGGAAGACAGGUGAAGGUAGACACAGGUAGCAACAGAUCAAUUAAUAAAAGUUAGCAGAAAAUCAGCCAAUUUACAUACAGGUGUUAAUAAGUGUUACAAUGUGUAAACUGCCAUGAUGGUAGCUGCUGCUGUUGAAGGAAAUAGAGAAUGCAAUGCGCUCUGUGAAAAUAAUGCGGGCAACAUUUUUAACCGGCAAUGCUUAAAUGAGCAGAACGCGUCAACAUCACAUUAUGAAUAGGUUAUUAUGAAUGUGUCUACAUUACAAAUAAAUUUACAGAAUAUGUAUAAAACAUUGAUGAAUGUGUUUGGAUGUUUUUAGAAAGCUCUGAAUGCCAAAUAUUACGAACCCCAAUAUUAGCUGCCUCGUGCUAGCGUUUAACAUUUCAGGGUGGUCUUUCAUUGUGUGCAGCCUAAGGCACAUCUUUGCAAUAUUCAUGCUGUUUAAUCAGCAUCUUGAUAUGGCACAGAGAUGUAUUAUCUUGACAAAGAAGUGCUCACUAACACAGAUUAAGACAGAUUUGAGAAGAAUAGGUAUUUUGUGUGUGUAUAUAGUUAGUUUUAGGUCUUUGAGUUCAACUCAUGAAAAAUGGGAGCAAAAACUAAAAUGUUGCAUUUAUAUUACUGUUCAGAAUGUGGUUUUGUUUCACGAAGAGAUUGGGAACGAUAGGAAAUUAAAAAACAAAAACAUUUUCAGCAUUAUAAAGUAUUUUGUAUCAAACAAAUUACGACAAAAAAAAAUUACAAAUUGUUUAAAUGGAAGAAAACUUUAAUUUUUGUGGCUCCUGGAAACGUUGGUGCCCUGAGGAACCGCCUGUUUGUGUAAUGGUUAGCCCUGAUGUCAGAAGAGGCACCAAUGCCUUUUGAGUUGAUUUUUAAUGCAUAUGCUUUAAUUAAUAUGUGUGUGUGUAUAUAUAUAAAAAUGUACUUUGUUGUAAAACUAUCUUGUUUUCCUCGUGGAGAAGUUUAUAAGUUUGGAUAUAUAUUCUUCCAGAUUGGCAGCCACAUUCAUUAAUUCAUUAAUUUAUCUAUUUCCUCAUUCAUACUGUCAAAUGAUUCCAUUUUAAGAAUAAUCACACUUAUGCAUUUCUUGCAUGCAUAUUUGAAAUGAACUUAUAAAAAAAAAAGACUCCAAUAUUGUGAGACAAAUGCAAUUUUAUUGUCAGAAUGUUAUACAGGAAGAUUUUUUAUCUGUUAAAAACUUCCUAACAAUUUCACCUAAUAUGCCAUUGGGUGUAUAUUUUGAAGUGAACUUUACCAUUGAGCUGAACAAUCUGAUCCCCACUCAUCUUUGCACUGACCUCAUCACUGACCAUAUAACACACUUUCAGGUAACCUUCAGAGGUUAAGGUAAAUGAGUAUGUGCUGUCAAAAUAAUCUACGUGAUUAAUCUGCAUUUUUGCACAAAUAAUGCAAUUUUGUGAUUAAUCUCGACUGUUAAAUUGUUUACUUUGACAGUCCUAGUAUAAGGUAAAAACAUUGGUAGUAAACAGACGACACAUGCAUACAAACUUCACAGGCGCAGACUAGUUUUUAUUUUUCAUUUAAAAAGCAUCACUGUCACUGACCUUUAACCCCUGAAAUGAAAUGUGAACAACAAGCAUUGUUCAUCAAGACAAAACACUAAACAGACUGUGAUGGAGCAGCAAGAGGACAUCCGGUGAAGGUCAAAGGCCAUCAGGCACAGUAGAAGCGUCCGUCGACUUGAUUUCUUUUGCGACUCUGCUGCUGCUCGAAGAACUGCCGAAUGUCCUCAGAUGUCACAA